AUGGACGACAGUGAUGCCGACUCUGCAAUUGGGGACGUUGGUAGCAUGACUUCAUCAACGGCAUCUCUUGUAUCGAGCAUCUUCGAGUACCGAACUAUUCAUGGACGGACAUACCAGAAAUGCCCAACGACUGAAUACUGGUGCCCGAACGACGAGCAGCAGAACGAUGGCUUGGACAUGGCUCACCACUUCAUCACCAUACUAUUAGGCGACCGCUUGUUUGAAGCACCCAUUCCUUUGCUGUCUAUGUCUAAAGUCCUCGAUGUUGGUACUGGCACUGGCAUAUGGGCCAUCGAUAUGGCAGAUCAAUGCCCAGCUGCGGAGAUUAUUGGUACUGAUAUCAGUCCUAUUCAGCCCCCUUGGGUGCCACCUAACUGCUCUUUUCAGAUUGAAGAUGCUCAGCUAGAAUGGACGUAUACAGCUGCGACCUUCGAUUUCGUGCAUAUGCGCGGACUCUACGGAAGCAUUCGAGAGUGGCCGCACCUUUACGCAGAGGUAUAUCGUGCUCUUCAACCUGGAGGUUGGGUUGAACAUUUCGAGUUCACCACCAGGGUAUACAGCAAACUGCCAGAAAUCAAGGACGAUCCUAAGCAUAUAUUCAGGCGCUGGGAUGAUGUUCUUACUGAGGCAGGUGAUCGACUAGGCAAAUCGCUACGUAUUGGUGUGAAUGGAAGUAUAACUCGGCACAUGCGGGAUUCUGGAUUUGUCAACAUUGUUUCAAAAUCGUACCAGGUGCCCGUCGGCGGAUGGAGCAGCAAUGCAACUCUGCGGAGAAUUGGCUUAUUUAAUCUUGCGUUCUUGACCGUGAGCUUAGAUGGGUUUGCUCUAUUUCUGCUCUUGGAAGUUAUGGGAUGGGAGCACCAUCGUGUCGAAGCAUUCGUGUCAGAGAUGCGUACCAUGCUUCGAACCCCGAAGUUACAAGCUUACUGUUUGGCAACAAAUGUGUUUGGGCAGAAGCCGGAAGGUGCUGGUAGCUGA